CACUACUUAAGCUAUCUAUAAGUUAAGAGACGAUCAUCGUGAUCGUUUAGUUAACAAAAUGAAGUCGAUCUUUGCAUUGUCAUUGCUGCUUGGCUGUCUAUUUGUGCCGAUAAUGGGCAAAUUUAAUUUAAACAAAAUAACACAUCCGGGACUUACUGAAUGCCUAUCUGACCAUUUUGUUACUGUGGAGGAUCUGAAAAACAUAACCAAAAAACCAAUUAGCGAAAUUGAUCUUCAUGUGAAGUGCGCUGUAAAGUGUGCAUUGAAGAAGGUCGGAGUUGUGGAUGAUCAAGGUUAUCUCUUGCUCGCUGAUCUCAUGGGUAUCUUUAACGAUUCCGUCAUAAAGAGUCACUUGUAUGACCAUUUGAGUGCAUGUCAAGAGCUCGAAGGGGAAACAUCAUGUGACGUUGGUUUUGUAACAUUCUUGUGCAUCAAAGACAGCAUAUGGAAGAAUAUUUGAUAAAUUGUUACGGUUUUAAAACUUUUUCAAAUUUAAUUCAUUUAAAUUAAAACAUUAUUCUCGAAAGCAUUAGUAAUUUGAAAUCUCUAACUGUACAGGGUCCAAAAUAGUAAAAUGUCUAAUAAAGAUAUAUAAAAACAAAUAA